AUGCGGUCUCUGCGGGGUAGUUUUUCAUUUUCACACCUCCCCUCGCAAAGUCAACACCUAUACCAAUACUCAACAAGAGUACCAACUCGACCAAUCCAGCAAAAUAAUCCAAGUACUACGAUCCCCAUGGGUACUCCCGUCACUGCUCCGUUCGGCCAAUGGAAGAGCCCGAUCAGCUCUACUUUGCUUGGCGCUGACGGUGUUCAGUUUGAAUCCAUCGCAGCAUCCAAUGAGAAGGUUUAUGUCAUUGAGGGUCGGCCCAAAGAGCAGGGACGAGGCUGCAUUGUCGAAUACUCUGGUAGUGAAGGGCGCGAUAUCCUACCGGCCAAAUAUGACGCUCGCACCAAAGUUCAUGAAUAUGGCGGCGCGUCCAUGAUAGCUUUCAAUGGACAUGUCGUCUUUUCUGAUCGGGAGACACAGGAUCUGCAUAAACUUGAUCCCUCCACAGGUCAUGUUGAGCAGAUCACCAAGACAAGCACUGCUCUCCGCUAUGCGUGCACCUCCGCUGUAGGCUCUUUGUCGGAUGGUCAGGCAGAUUCGGGAUGGAUCUUGGCGAUCGAAGAGGACCACUCUAAGCCCUUGCCGUCGGAAGUUCGGAACCGACUCGUCGCGGUAAACGUGGAAUCUAAAGAAGUAGUCAACGUCGCCUCCGGCGACGACUUCUACAGCGCUGCCCAGUUCUCCCCUGAUGGCAGCAGAAUAUGCUGGAUGCAGUGGUCUCAUCCAGACAUGCCUUGGACAGGAGCCCGCCUGUAUGUGGCUAAAUGGGACAAUGGUCAGGUCACAGACGUUAACCACGUGUCUGGCGUGCCAAAGAAAGAGAGUGUUAGCCAGCCACGAUGGGGCUUUGAUAAUACCUUGUACUUCACGAGCGAUUGUUCGGGGUAUUGGCAGCUCUAUCGGUCUCACGUCGACACUUUAGAAUGCCAACGGAUCGCCCUGCAUGGCCUGGAAAAAGUCGAAUUUUCGCAGCCCGACUGGCGUCUAGGAAACUGCACAUACGUGUGCUUGACUCCAACUUCAAUGAUUGCGUCGUACACAAAGAAUGCUCGAUGGAGCUUCAUACUGAUAGAUUUGUCGAACGACUCCUGGCAAGACAUGAAUCUACCAGUGACAGACACAAUUAUUUUGGCAGAUAAUCCCCUUUCAAGCACAAAAGUAGCCCUUCUCGGAUCCAGUGAAACAAGCUUCAGCACCGUUUAUACAUUGGACAUCGCCGACACCGUCAAGCUCAAUACACUCAAGGUAGCUUCCGAGCUCCCUAUGCCAAGUUCUCUUGUUUCCAAGCCAGAGCAUAUCUCUUUUCCAAGAGUUCACGGUACGAGCUUGGAAGGAGUGGCGCAUGCCAUCUUCUACCCACCUCAAAACCCGGAUUAUCAGCCACCAUCUGGAGCGCUGCCACCUUUGAUCGUCUGUGUCCAUGGUGGACCAACGGCCCAAACCGGAACCGGCCUGAGUAUCACGGACCAAUACUGGACUUCUCGAGGUUAUGCUGUUGUUUGGGUAAACUAUGGAGGCAGCUCCGGAUAUGGCAGAGCGUAUCGAGAUGAUUUGAAUGGGCAAUGGGGUAUCCUUGAUACAGCAGAUGCUGCUAGCUGUGUGUCAUACCUAGCAUCCACUGGCCGGAUUGACCAAAACGGAGUCGGUGUUCGCGGCCAAAGUGCAGGUGGAUACAUCGUACUUCAAGCUCUUUGCGACUACCCCAAUCUCUUCGCCGGUGGUAACUCUCUGUACGGCAUAGGCAAUGUCAAGGCUCUCUGUGAGGAUACUCAUAAAUUCGAGAGCCAUUACGCAUUCGCCUUGCUGUUUGAUCCUAGUGCGAAUGAAGCUGAGAAAACCCGCAUUUUCCGCGAACGCAGCCCCUGUCUCAAGGCAGAUAAAAUCACUGCGCCACUGUUGUUGCUUCAAGGAGACGAGGAUUUGGUCGUUCCUAUGAACCAGGCAGAGGAAAUGGUCGAAAUGAUGACAAAGGCUGGUCGUCAUUCUAAGUUAGUGGUUUUCCACGGAGAAGGACAUGGAUUCCGGCAGGCGGAGAGUCGGAUAACGGCUGUGGAAGAGGAGGAGAAAUGGUGGAAGAAGAGUUUGUUGAAGAUUGAUACAGCGGAUGUUUGA